CUGCGGCCCAGCCCGCACGCCGCGUCUGCCUGGGGUGCUGUCCCCACGUCCGCAUCUGUCGGUCCCUGUGGGAUCCCGCCACCAGCGGGUUUGGGGACCACAAAGGGGGCGUCGGUACCCGACCGUGUAGACGCGGCCCGGCCUCGCCAUGAAGUCCCGAAGGGACAAGCUGCACAUCCCGGCGCUGACCCUCGAUCUGUCUCCGAGUAGCCAGAGCCCGUCCUUGCUGAGCCCCAGCAGCCCCUGCAGCCCCUGCAGCCCCUCCCUGGGACUGCACCCCUGGAGCUGCCGCAGCGGGAACCGUAAGAGCCUCGUGGUAGGAACACCCUCACCAACCCUUUCCAGGCCUCUGUCACCAUUGUCAGUCCCAACCGCAGGCAACAGCCCCCUGGACAGUCCCCGGAACUUCUCGGCUGUGUCAGCUGUCAACUUCCCCUUUGCCCGGAGCCACAUCUCUCGGACGGACAGGGCCGAUGGCAGGAGAUGGUCCCUCGCGUCCCUCCCGUCUUCCGGCUAUGGAACCAACACACCCAGCUCCACGGUCUCGUCGAGCUCAUCCUCCCGGGAGCAUCUCCACCAGCUUCCUUUCCAGCCGACGCCAGACGAACUGCGUUUCCUGUCCAAGCAUUUCCGCAGCUCGGAGAGUGUGGCUGAUGAGGAGGGUGGCCACCGCUCGCCCCGCCUUCGACCCCGCUCCCGUAGCCUCAGCCCUGGACGCACAACAGGAACCUUCGACAAUGAGAUCGUCAUGAUGAAUCACGUGUACCGGGAGAGGUUCCCAAAGGCCACGGCCCAGAUGGAGGGCCGUCUGCAGGAGUUCCUCACUGCCUACUCGCCCGGUGCCCAGCUGGCCCUGGCCGAUGGCGUCCUGGGCUUCAUCCACCACCAGAUUGUGGAGCUGGCCCGUGACUGCCUGGCCAAGUCUGGAGAGGCCCUGGUCACCUCCCGCUACUUCCUGGAGAUGCAAGAGAAGCUGGAGAGGCUGCUGCAGGAUGCCCACGAGCGCUCAGACAGUGAGGAGGUCGGCUUCGUGGUCCAGCUGGUCCGGAAGCUGCUGAUCAUCAUCUCGCGGCCAGCAAGGCUCCUCGAGUGCCUUGAGUUUGACCCUGAAGAGUUCUACCACCUGCUGGAGGCCGCCGAGGGCCAGGCUCGAGAGGGCCAGGGCAUCAAGACGGACCUGCCGCAGUACAUCAUUGGGCAGCUGGGCCUGACGAAGGACCCUCUUGAGGAGAUGGUGCCUCUGAGUCACCUUGAUGACAAAGAACAGCCCCCAGCACCUGAGUCCCUGGAGAGCCGUGCCCUGAUUGGUCCGUCACGGAGGAAGCCAUGUGAGAGUGACUUCGAGACCAUCAAGCUCAUUAGCAAUGGGGCCUAUGGGGCCGUCUACCUGGUGCGGCACCGGGACACGCGCCAGCGCUUCGCCAUCAAGAAGAUCAACAAGCAGAACCUGAUCCUGCGCAACCAGAUCCAGCAGGUCUUCGUGGAGCGCGACAUCCUCACCUUUGCGGAGAACCCCUUCGUGGUCAGCAUGUUCUGCUCCUUCGAGACCCGGCGCCACCUCUGCAUGGUCAUGGAGUACGUGGAAGGUGCG